GGAAAGGGGGCGGGGAAGAAGGGAGAGAACAGGCUUUGACCGAUAGUAACCUCUGCGCUCGGCGCGGCCGAAUCUAUAAAAGGAACUAGUCGCGGCAAAACCCCGGUAAUUCCGAGGAAGAGUGAGUGCGGCCAGGGCCGGCAGAGCCGCGCCAACACCUCUCUCCCAGGGCGCAGGUGGUCAGGGAAGGGGGCACCGCGCGACCAGUGUCACCACAGACAAUUUCUCCGGGCGCUUUGUUCCUUUUUCUCCUACUUUGACCCCGAAGGAUUUUUCUAGGGGUGGGGGAAGAGAGACGCAAACAAGAAAGUGGAAAACAGUUAAUGACCAGCCACAGCGUCCCUGCUGUGCGCUCCGGCCACUUCCUCCCCGGGCUGCCGAGCCGCACGCAGGCUGCGCGGUGCCAACUGAGGGAACAUGGCUUGCUGGCCUCAGCUGAGGUUGCUGCUGUGGAAGAAUCUCACGUUCCGAAGAAGACAGACAUGUCAGCUGUUGCUGGAAGUGGCCUGGCCUCUGUUUAUCUUCCUGAUCCUGAUCUCCGUGCGGCUGAGCUACCCACCCUAUGAACAACAUGAAUGCCACUUCCCAAACAAAGCCAUGCCCUCUGCAGGAACACUUCCUUGGGUUCAGGGGAUUAUCUGUAAUGCCAAUAACCCCUGUUUCCGUUAUCCGACUCCUGGUGAGGCUCCCGGGGUUGUUGGAAACUUUAACAAAUCCAUUGUGUCUCGCCUGUUCUCAGAUGCCCGCCGGCUUCUUUUGUAUAGCCAGAGAGACACCAGCAUGAAGGACAUCCACAAAGUUCUGAGAACCUUGUACCAGAUCGAGCGUUCCAGCUCACCAGGCUUGAAGCUUCGUGAUUUCCUGGUUGACAAUGAAACCAUCUCUGGAUUCCUGCAUCACAACCUCUCUCUGCCAAGGCCUACUGUGGACAAAAUGCUGGGGGCCAAUGUCAGUCUCCGGAAGGUAUUUCUGCAAGGCUACCAGUUACAUUUGACCAAUCUGUGCAACGAAUCAAAAUUACGAGAGGUGAUUAAACUUGGUGACCAAGAAAUCUCCAGGCUUUGCAGCCUGCCAAGGGAGAAACUGGAGGCAGCAGAGCAAGUGCUCCGUUCCAACAUGGACAUCCUGAAGCCGAUCCUGACAGAACUGAACUCCACAUCUCCAUUCCCGAGCAAGGAGCUGGCUGAAGCCACACAAACUCUGCUGGAUAGUCUCAGUAGUCUGGCCCAGGAGCUGUUCAGCAUGAGGAGCUGGAGUGAUAUGCGGCAGGAGGUGAUGUUUCUGACUAACGUGAACAGCUCCAGCUCGUCCACCCAGAUCUACCAGGCCGUGUCCCGCAUUGUCUGUGGCCACCCUGAGGGUGGGGGCCUGAAGAUCAAGUCCCUGAACUGGUAUGAGGACAACAACUAUAAAGCCCUCUUUGGAGGCAAUGGCACGGAGGAAGAUGCUGGCACCUUCUAUGACAAUUCCACAACUCCUUAUUGCAAUGAUUUGAUGAAGAAUUUGGAGUCCAGUCCUCUUUCCCGCAUCAUAUGGAAAGCUCUCAAGCCUCUGCUUGUUGGGAAGAUCCUGUAUACACCUGACACUCCAGCCACAAGGCAGGUUAUGGCUGAGGUGAAUAAGACCUUCCAGGAACUGGCUGUGUUUCAUGACCUGGAAGGCAUGUGGGAAGAGCUCAGCCCUAAGAUCUGGACCUUCAUGGAGAGCAGCCCAGAACUGGACCUUGUCCGGACGCUGCUGGACAGUAGAGGCAAUGACCACUUUUGGGAACAGCGACUGGAAGGCUUAGAUUGGACAGCCAAAGAUAUCGUGGCGUUUCUGGCCAAGCACCCAGAGGAUGUCCAGUCCACGAAUGGCUCUGUGUACACCUGGAGAGAAGCCUUCAACGAGACCAACCAGGCAAUCCAGACCAUCUCUCGCUUCAUGGAGUGCGUGAACCUGAACAAGCUAGAACCAGUAGCCACCGAGGUUCGGCUCAUCAACAAGUCCAUGGAGCUGCUGGACGAGAGGAAGUUCUGGGCUGGGAUUGUGUUCACUGGGAUUCCUCCCGGCAGUGUGGAGCUGCCCCAUCACGUCAAGUACAAGAUCCGAAUGGACAUCGACAACGUGGAGAGGACAAACAAGAUCAAGGAUGGGUACUGGGACCCUGGUCCUCGGGCUGACCCCUUUGAGGACAUGCGGUACGUCUGGGGGGGCUUCGCCUACUUGCAGGAUGUCGUGGAGCAGGCGAUCAUCAGCGUACUGACGGGCGCAGAGAAGAAAACCGGCAUCUACAUGCAGCAGAUGCCCUACCCCUGUUAUGUCGAUGACAUCUUCUUGCGGGUCAUGAGCCGGUCAAUGCCCCUCUUCAUGACGCUGGCCUGGAUCUACUCUGUGGCUGUGAUCAUCAAGGGCAUCGUGUACGAGAAGGAGGCGCGGCUGAAGGAGACCAUGCGCAUCAUGGGCCUGGAUAACAGCAUCCUCUGGUUCAGCUGGUUCAUCAGUAGCCUCAUCCCUCUGCUCGUGAGCGCCGGCCUGCUGGUGGUCAUCCUGAAAUUAGGAAACCUGCUGCCCUACAGCGACCCCAGCGUGGUGUUUGUCUUCUUGUCCGUGUUCGCCGUGGUGACCAUCCUGCAGUGCUUCUUGAUCAGCACGCUCUUCUCCAGAGCCAACCUGGCCGCGGCCUGCGGGGGCAUCAUUUACUUCACGCUGUACCUGCCCUAUGUCCUGUGUGUGGCGUGGCAAGACUAUGUGGGCUUCACACUCAAGAUCUUCGCGAGCCUGCUGUCUCCCGUGGCCUUUGGGUUCGGCUGUGAGUACUUCGCCCUUUUCGAGGAGCAGGGCAUUGGGGUGCAGUGGGACAACCUCUUUGAGAGCCCCGUGGAGGAAGAUGGCUUCAACCUCACCACCUCAGUCUCCAUGAUGCUGUUCGACGCCUUCCUCUAUGGGGUGAUGACGUGGUACAUCGAGGCUGUGUUUCCAGGCCAGUACGGAAUCCCCAGGCCCUGGUAUUUCCCUUGUACCAAGUCCUACUGGUUUGGUGAAGAAAGUGAUGAAAAGAGUCACCCUGGUUCCAGCCAGAAGGGAGCAUCAGAAAUCUGCAUGGAGGAGGAACCCACCCAUCUGAAGCUGGGCGUGUCCAUUCAGAACCUGAUGAAGGUUUACCGAGACGGCAUGAAGGUGGCUGUUGACGGCCUGGCCCUGAAUUUCUAUGAGGGCCAGAUUACCUCAUUCCUGGGCCACAAUGGAGCAGGGAAGACCACCACCAUGUCAAUCCUAACUGGGUUGUUCCCUCCCACCUCGGGCACUGCCUACAUCCUGGGGAAAGACAUUCGCUCUGAGAUGAGCACCAUCCGGCAGAACCUGGGCGUCUGUCCCCAGCAUAACGUGCUGUUCGACAUGCUGACCGUGGAGGAGCACAUCUGGUUCUACGCCCGCCUGAAAGGGCUCUCAGAGAAGCACGUGAAAGCAGAGAUGGAGCAGAUGGCCCUGGAUGUGGGUUUGCCACCCAGCAAGCUGAAAAGCAAAACCAGUCAGCUGUCAGGUGGAAUGCAGAGAAAGUUGUCUGUGGCCUUGGCCUUUGUUGGGGGAUCCAAGGUUGUCAUUCUGGAUGAGCCCACAGCUGGCGUGGAUCCUUACUCCCGCAGGGGAAUAUGGGAGCUGCUGCUGAAAUAUCGACAAGGCCGCACCAUCAUCCUCUCCACGCACCACAUGGACGAGGCAGACAUCCUGGGGGACAGGAUCGCCAUCAUUUCCCAUGGGAAGCUGUGCUGCGUGGGCUCCUCCCUGUUCCUGAAGAACCAGCUGGGGACAGGCUACUACCUGACCCUGGUCAAGAAGGAUGUGGAGUCCUCCCUCAGUUCGUGCAGGAAUAGCAGUAGCACGGUGUCGUGUCUGAAGAAGGUGGUGCCUGAGCUUCCCCCAGCUGGGCAGAGUGGAGGCAGAGGAGGAGAGGUGCAGAGGCUGGUGGCGCUGACUCAAGAUGUCUCUGCCAUCUCCAACCUCAUCAGGAAGCACGUGGCUGAGGCCCGGCUGGUGGAAGACAUCGGGCACGAGCUGACCUACGUGCUGCCCUACGAAGCUGCCAAGGAGGGAGCCUUUGUGGAGCUCUUCCAUGAGAUUGACGACCGGCUCUCAGACCUGGGCAUCUCCAGUUACGGCAUCUCAGAGACGACCCUGGAAGAAAUAUUUCUCAAGGUGGCUGAAGAGAGUGGGGUGGACGCUGAGACCUCAGAUGGCACCUUACCAGCAAGACGAAACAGAAGGGUCUUCGGGGACAAGCAGAGCUGUCUUCGCCCAUUCACUGAAGACGAUGCUGUUGAUCCAAAUGAUUCCGACAUAGACCCAGAAUCCAGAGAAACAGACCUGCUCAGUGGGAUGGAUGGCAAAGGCUCCUACCAGGUGAAGGGCUGGAAACUCACACAGCAACAGUUUGUGGCCCUUUUGUGGAAAAGGUUGCUGAUUGCCAGACGGAGUCGGAAGGGAUUCUUUGCUCAGAUUGUCCUGCCAGCUGUGUUUGUCUGCAUCGCCCUGGUGUUCAGCUUGAUUGUGCCGCCCUUUGGCAAGUACCCCAGCCUGGAACUUCAGCCCUGGAUGUACAACGAACAGUACACAUUUGUCAGUAAUGAUGCACCUGAGGAUGUGAACACCCAGGAACUCUUGAACGCUCUCACCAGAAAGCCUGGCUUCGGGACCCGAUGUAUGGAAGGAAACCCUAUCCCAGACAUGCCCUGCUUGGUGGGGGAGGAGGAGUGGACCACCGCCCCAGUUCCCCGGACCAUCACAGACCUCUUCCAAAAUGGGAACUGGACCAUGGAGAACCCCUCACCUGCCUGCCAGUGUAGCAGCGACAAAAUCAAGAAGAUGUUGCCCGUGUGUCCCCUGGGGGCCGGGGGGCUGCCUCCUCCACAGAGAAAACAGAACACUGCGGACACCCUUCAGAACCUGACAGGAAGAAACAUUUCGGAUUAUCUGGUGAAGACGUAUGUGCAGAUCAUAGCCAAAAGCUUAAAGAACAAGAUCUGGGUGAAUGAGUUUCGGUACGGUGGGUUCUCCCUAGGUGCCAGUAAUUCUCAGCCACUUCCUCCGAGUCAAGAAGUUAAUGAUGCCAUCAAGCAAAUGAAGAAACACUUGCAGGUGGCCAAGGACAGUUCUGCAGAUCGAUUCCUCAGCAGCUUGGGAAGGUUCAUGACAGGACUGGACACGAAAAAUAACGUCAAGGUGUGGUUCAAUAACAAGGGCUGGCACGCCAUCAGCUCGUUCCUGAAUGUCAUCAACAAUGCCAUUCUCCGGGCGAACCUGCAGAAGGGAGAGAAUCCCAGCCAGUACGGGAUCACGGCUUUUAAUCACCCCCUGAAUCUCACCAAGCAGCAGCUCUCGGAAGUGGCUCUGAUGACCACAUCAGUGGAUGUCCUCGUGUCCAUCUGUGUCAUCUUCGCGAUGUCCUUCGUCCCAGCCAGCUUUGUCGUGUUCCUGAUUCAGGAGCGAGUCAGCAAAGCAAAGCACCUGCAGUUCAUCAGCGGAGUGAAGCCUGUCAUCUACUGGCUCUCCAAUUUUGUCUGGGACAUGUGCAACUAUGUCGUCCCUGCCACGCUGGUCAUUAUCAUCUUCAUCUGCUUCCAGCAGAAGUCCUAUGUGUCCUCCACCAACCUACCUGUGCUCGCCCUCCUACUUUUGCUGUAUGGGUGGUCCAUCACACCUCUCAUGUAUCCAGCCUCCUUCGUGUUCAAGAUCCCUAGCACCGCCUACGUGGUCCUCACCAGCGUGAACCUCUUCAUCGGCAUCAAUGGCAGUGUGGCCACCUUUGUGCUGGAGCUCUUCACCAACAACAAGCUGAAUAACAUCAAUGAUAUCCUGAAGUCUGUGUUCUUGAUCUUCCCACAUUUUUGCCUGGGACGGGGGCUCAUUGACAUGGUGAAAAACCAGGCAAUGGCUGAUGCCUUGGAAAGGUUUGGGGAGAAUCGCUUUGUCUCGCCACUAUCUUGGGACUUGGUGGGACGAAACCUCUUCGCCAUGGCCGUGGAAGGGGUGGUCUUCUUCCUCAUCACUGUGCUGAUCCAGUACAGGUUCUUCAUCAGGCCCAGACCUGUAAAGGCAAAGCUUCCUCCUCUGAAUGAUGAGGAUGAAGAUGUGAGGCGGGAAAGACAGAGGAUUCUUGAUGGUGGCGGACAGAAUGACAUCUUGGAAAUCAAGGAGUUGACUAAGAUUUAUAGAAGGAAGAGGAAGCCUGCCGUUGACAGGAUUUGCGUCGGCAUUCCUCCUGGCGAGUGCUUUGGACUUCUGGGUGUUAAUGGGGCUGGGAAAUCCUCAACUUUCAAGAUGUUAACAGGAGAUACCACGGUUACCAGAGGAGAUGCUUUCCUUAACAAAAAUAGUAUCUUAUCAAACAUCCAUGAAGUACACCAGAAUAUGGGCUAUUGCCCUCAGUUUGAUGCCAUCACGGAAUUACUGACUGGAAGAGAACACGUGGAGUUCUUUGCCCUCUUGAGAGGAGUCCCAGAGAAGGAAGUUGGCAAGGUUGGUGAGUGGGCAAUUCGGAAGCUGGGCCUCGUGAAGUACGGAGAGAAAUACGCCGGAAACUACAGUGGGGGCAAUAAGCGCAAGCUCUCGACGGCCAUGGCUCUGAUCGGUGGGCCUCCUGUGGUGUUUCUGGAUGAACCGACCACAGGCAUGGAUCCCAAAGCCCGGCGAUUCCUGUGGAACUGUGCCCUAAGUAUCAUCAAGGAAGGGAGAUCAGUGGUGCUUACAUCGCAUAGCAUGGAAGAAUGUGAAGCUCUUUGCACUAGGAUGGCAAUUAUGGUCAAUGGGAGGUUCAGGUGUCUUGGCAGCGUCCAACAUCUGAAAAACAGGUUUGGAGACGGUUAUACAAUAGUUGUACGAAUAGCAGGGUCCAACCCGGACCUGAAGCCUGUCCAGGAGUUCUUUGGACUCGCCUUUCCAGGAAGCGUCCUGAAGGAGAAGCACCGGAACAUGCUGCAGUACCAGCUUCCGUCAUCACUGUCCUCCCUGGCCAAGAUCUUUAGCGCCCUUUCCCAGAGCAAAAAGCGACUCCACAUAGAAGACUACUCUGUCUCUCAGACAACACUUGACCAAGUAUUUGUAAACUUUGCCAAGGACCAAAGUGAUGAUGACCACUUAAAGGACCUGUCAUUACACAAAAACCAGACAGUAGUGGAUGUGGCAGUUCUCACAUCUUUUCUGCAGGAUGAGAAAGUGAAAGAAAGUUACGUGUGAAGAAUCCUGUUCCUCCAGGGUGGCUGAAAGAAAGGAGGAACCACACCUUCCUUUGCACCGAGUGACGUGUUCCAGAGGAACGAGCUGGAAGCCUUUGUGGGAAGAAGUAAACUGGAUACUGUACUGAUACUAUUCAAUGCAAUGCAAUUCAAUGCAAUGAAAACAAAAUUCCAUUACAAGGGCAGUGCCUUUGUAGCCUAUGUCUUGUAUGGCUCGCGAGUGAAAAAGACUUGAAUUUAGUUUAUUACCUUAUACUCAUGUGAAACUCUAGUAUGGAGCCCGGCGGACAUAUGGGUCUGACAUACUUUUUCUGUUCCUUUGUAUUCUUACUGGGGUUGCAACAAUAACUCAUCAAAUAAUCAUGGCCAGUGAUUAUCAGAGUCAAAAGGCACGCACAUCCUCAUUCGUUAAGCCCUGCCGUACCAGGAGACCGGCUUCCCGGUGACACAGCCCCUGCUGGCAAUCAGUGCAUCAGAAUUACUAGUGCCAAGUUGCUCAGAAAGCCUGAAGCACCAUGGUGUGUCAUGCACACUUUUGUGAAAGCUGCUCUUCUCAAAAUCUGUUGACAUCAUGAAGUAUCAGGUGACAAGAUGGUGCCAUGUGUGGGGAAAAUCCUGCUUUGAUUCCCUUCAUGAUGAGCUGCUCUGGUGGUGGUAACAUUCAAGUUGUGGUGGUGGCGCUAGACUAGUGAGACUUGGUUCCAUUGUUAGGUUGUCCCUCGCUUAGAACCACAGGUCUCCAGGGUUACCUUUCUGGGACUCUUGAAAUAUACUUAGAUCUUGGUAAGAAGCAAAGAAUCAGCAACCACAUUUCUGGGGCUGGAAACAGUGGAGGCCAGGGCAUUGGUGCCUUCAAACCGAGGGAGGCCAAUGUCCAGCUGUCCUGAUUGUCUACUAACACGGUACACUGCAUCUCAAGGUCUUGUUGUUUGACACAAGCAUAGUAUUAUUUCUGGCUUUUUGAAUUAACCUCAAACAUGAAAAGGUGGAGCUAUAUUUUGACAAAAAUCUUUGUACUUUUAUGUUAUUUGGAAUUGUAAGUUCUGUCAGUGAUUUAUGAAACCUUAGAAUGGCCUUUUUGUAGAACCCUGUGGUAUAGAGGAUGAUGGUCACACUGCCUCUCUAGCUUUAUUUUUUCAUGUAGGUUUGCAAAUGGAUGGUCUGACUAGUGCCUGGUGACCAGAAAACAGUGUGGUGGCCAAGGUCUCAUAACAUUGUAUUUAAGUUUAUGAUCACUGAGAAGUCUUCUAGUCUCAGUUUAUUAAGUACUUUUUGAGUGUAUGUUAUAACUGAAGGAGUAUACAUGAAUAGGGUGAGGGGAAACUAAGUCUCAGCAGGUUUCUUGUGCCAUAUUCUGUGGAUAACUGGUUUACAAAUAUAGGUUGUUCUAUUGUGGUUGUAGGAACCCACUGAAAGAACACUGGGCAGCCCACUUCUUGAAAACAGCAACAAUGCAGAAGCCAGCAGGUUUGAAUGUCAUGAGGGUCACAAGACUGACCACAAUGCAAAACUAGACAAAAGGUUCGCUAAACAAUGAAUACUUUCACAGAGAACACAGCUAGCUUCACAACUUGUUGAGUAACAUAAAACUUGUGAUCGUGGCGUUUAGUACCUUAAAAUAAUUGCCUUUGAAGAUCUCAGAUACCCCAUUCUGACAAUCUCAAAUUUUUCAUCUCCUCAGUCACUAACCUAUCAUGAAGAAAAAAAAAAAAAAAAAACCAAACCAGCAAAUGCCCCACAUGAAGAUGACUUCAGACUUUUCUAACCCAAUUUUAUUUUUUUUUAGUGAGUAAACGUUUUUUCAAAAUAUUAUUGCACCAAUGCUUAAUGUUACCUGUAUUGAGACAACAAAAAUAUAAGAAAACUACUAUUUGGUGAAGUUAGUGAUCUUUCAAUAUCAUUACUAAUUUAUGCUCCUUAAAAAAAACAUAAAUAUUAACUCUAAAGGUGUAAGAUUUCACAUCUUUUCCAAAUCUGCAUUAAAAAAAUUUACUGAAUGUUAUCACGUAAUUUGUUGCUUAGAAGAUGAAAAUGAUUUUUAGAAAUUAAUGCCAAAAUUUUCUAACAUGAUAAAUAAGUAAUGAAGGCAUUUUUCCAAUAAUGAUUGGCAUGAGGUCAUUCUAUUUUAUGUUAUCUUUAAUGAUAAAAAUUCAUAGAGUAAUUGUUUCUCCUUAUUUGAUACUUUCCAAAAUCAAGCUUCGAUUUUCCCAUUUUACUAGAGUGAUGUUCUCAUUCUGUAACCAUGAGCAGCUCCUCUUUGAUUACUCUCCUUCAAGGCCAUAUUUUAAACAAUCAAAAGACACUGUGAACUACUUUGAAAAAAAUUACGUUUCAAUAUAGAUUUAACGAAUCUCUUAAGCUAGAAACAAUCUACAGUUAGACAUCUACUUCAUUAAUAUUGUUACCUUUUAGACUAUCCAGGUAGUAGUCUUGAAUUUUUCUGUGUAAGCCUAAUUAUAGUAGACAUUUUUACCAACCCCCUGCUCAGUCAAGUAAAAUUUCUAUAUAAUCCCUGUGGAAAUGUAACCGUGUGAAUUUUGAAAAUUCUCAGAAGUCUUCAAAGAUUUCUGCUUUUGCUUCUUUUGGACACCUUAAACCUUGUUAACAACUGUGAAUAUGAGAAAUACAAAAGAAAACAUUUUUUUUUAAAAAAAGCCCUCUAUACCCAAAUGCCCAGCACAGGUCAUUGUUAAAAAAAAAAACAAAAAACACAACCGAACCUCAAACUACUGUAUUUCAACAUAUGUACUGAAAUCAUACGCAUUUUGACUAUUACAUGUUGCAUAUCAAUCACUAUCUAGUAAUUAUUGACUAAAGGGAUUUGUCUGUUUUCUUUUUGUGGUUGUAUAUAUCAGGUGAAAAUUUUUUCCAAAGAGCCAUGAGUCAUAUUAUAUUGAACCACUUUGAUACUGAGAUUGAUUUCUACCCGUUACUAUUUACUAGUAAUAAUAUAGUACAAUAGUCACGUUGCUCUAGUUCUCUUCAAAAUUGUUGCAUCCCUUUUUAUAGAAUGUUUAUACUUCCAUAAGGUGUAAGUAUUCUGUCUGCCCUUCUUCUACCCUAGGAUGAAGCUAUGUUUUUGUGCUUUUUCUUUAUCAUCGGCCCUUCAUUCCAAGCACUUUAUGCUGUCUGUAAUGGGAUCUAUUUUUGCACUGGAAUAUCUGAGAAUUGCAAAACUAGACAAAAGUUUCACAAUAGAUUUCUAAGUUAAAUCAUUUUCAUUAAAAGAAAAAAAAAAUUUUGUAUUGUCAAUAACUUUAUAUGAAGUAUUAAAAAAGGCGUAUUUCUAUGUUGUAAUAAGUCACGAAAUAAAGCUGUGACAGUUCUGUUGGUC